AUGCUUUGGCUUCUUCUCAGGGUCGCAAUCUUCUGCUCUGGGGAUACCACAACAGCGUAUCUAACCUUCCUUACCGAUAAUCACAUGUCCGCCGCUAUCGCUUCUCACGAGAUUUCAAGCAAGAAGAAUGUUGACUCCCUGCCACUCGUCAAUUACCGUUUAACGGACUUGGAUGCCGACAAGUACAAGCGCCAGAUAGAGCACUACGAAUACUACUGGGGGCUGCAAAAGGGCCAGCUGGACCUCAAUACGCCACUCAACCACCUGCAGCUUCGGAGCGAUAUGGCCAAGAAGCUGGACAAACAAGAGUGGAUUGUUGUCCCCACGAAGGAGAACAUGAAUGCGAUAAUCGCGCUGUCAAGAUACAACCAGUCGCAAGACGUGGACUCGAGAAGACCUUUCACCGAAGUGCUACCGGAGGUCGAGUACGAGUACGAGUUUGUGCCGCUAUACAUCAACGAACAGCGACGCCCCUCGCUCUACAUCAAGCAAGGCAACACAACCACAAUCAUGCACCCACCCUUCGACCAGAUGCCCCGCAUCAAAUCUCGCGCGCAUCCUCUGUUCGUCAUCUUCAGGUCGGAAGAUGUCCUUUCUCUCUUCAUAUCAGAGCCGAAUACCAGGCAGCGGCAGCUGACUCUCGCCGCGGGCACAGUGAUCUACCGCUGGAUCCAGCCGCCUCCGCCUGAGUUCCUUGUGGGCCCGGAUGUGUGGAGGGAACAUCGCCAUCCGCUGAGCGAUGAUGGUUCCGAGGCGCGCGCGCAGCUGCAGACUAAGACGUCUCCUCGAACGAGGGCGCCGUGCGCACAACCGAAGACGACUACUCGGCCUUCAAUCUACGAUAGCCAGCAACGGCCAAUGGCAGUGAUGACUUCCGCACUGCCAGUCUACAGACUCUCCGGACGCAGGAAGUCCUUCAACGGCGUCAGCAGACCCGAGCUCGUCGACUGGAUCAGCUCUAUGAAGGCGCAGGCGAACACGCCGUGUUCGUCGCCUGACCUCGCUGCCAACGACUUCCUCCUCGUCGAAGACCCCCAACUCACCGACUACCGAAGUGAACCCGCGCGCGACCCGGCCAACGCCCUUCGUCUCAGCACAUUCUAUAACACCGGUGGCAUGGUCAUAGGCUCUCGUGGUAGCGACCGCUCGAGAUAUUCGAGCAACGAUUGGGCGAUGCACGUAUACUCUACAUGCCUGUGGUCGCACAAGCCGCCGAAGUCAGCGCACAUACGUAGCAAGACUCGUCCGUGGGCGUAA